UUCAAACAACGCCAGAAAAAAACAAAGAAAAAAUUCCAAACACGAAAAUCUCAUGUCGUGAGCUGUCAAUUACAAAAUUCUUGGUCACUUCACAUCUCACAAUAAUUAUAUUAUUUUUUGGUUAUUAAAAAAAGGAAAAUGUCAAAUCCAAUGUUUAGUGGAUGUUUAGUUUUGGCCAGCUGGUGAUUUAAGUGGUGAAAUGGUUCGGUGGAGGUAUUGCAUUGCGUUGGCAAUGCUGCUCCUUCUACCAGCGAAAACUGAAGACUUCGAUGAAGAUUUAAAAAGUUCGACUUCAAGCAGUAGAAAUGAAGAAGGUGAAGAGGAGGAUGAGGAUGAUGAAGAUGACGAAGAAGACGAGUCUGCAGCUGCAGCAGACAAAGGAGAGAGAGUGACAGUGGUACGGCGACCGCCACCUAUCGUACCGACACCUAAAGCACUCACUGUCACUAGAACUAUAAAAAAACGGCCCCUCGAAUGCUAUGUGUGCGCUUACAAAGCCGAGACGCCAUUGAGAGCGUGCUUGGAUCCCACUAAAUACAGGCCUAAGUACACUCCUGUUGUCUUCAGUAAGAGACAUCCGAACUUUAACCGCUUCGGAGAAAGAGUGCACACGAUCACAUGCCACAGUGUGGACGACAAAUGCUUUACGUCUGUUAUAUCAAAAGGCAACUCGUACGAGGCGGUGGUGCGAGGGUGCCGCUCUGGCUGUGUUGGCUCACCGGAGACUACUUGCUGCGAGUUAAACCGAUGCAAUAACCAGGCGUUUGCGAUGCCUGUGAUAGCACCCCGCACGCUGACCGCCGCCAAUGGCAAGGCAGGCAAGACAAUACCGCCGACAAUACUGUUCUUCGUCACCGUGUUGUUAGUGCUACAGACAGUUGUCAAAGUGGCCUUUGUGUAACCUGAGACGUCCUUCCAUGAGACUUGCAUCAAAUUGAAGAUGAAUAUUGCUCUCCAUUUUUUUCCUCUUUCUUUUCCUUUGAAUGUAUAGAUAUUCAAAGGAAUUUAUCACAAUCAGUACCUUUUCCAACAUUACCGAUGGCCGCAUGGUUCGAGAGCCAGUUUAAUGUAAUGGCGGAAGACAUAUACAGGAUUGAAAUCUUAUAACCAAUAAAUUUAUGAAGUACAAGCUACGAUCGUGUGAGGUGACAGUGAAAAUUCGUGGUGCAUUUAUAGUUAUGAUGUUUUUGUGUAGUGAAGUAUAUUUUUUUGAAGUUUGUAUUAAAUUUUAUCGCUCAUU